AUGAAAACAUUUAACAAAUAUGCUGCAGGAAGCAUAUUUCAUUCAUUUUUCACAUUGUUGUUUGUUACACAUCGGUUUAGUGAGGAGUUUAAAAUGGUUUGUGUGUUAAGAUUUUAUUUUGUGAUUUAUCUAAUCGAUAGAGCUACAUGUUGUUUCACAAAUUUCUGUCAUUGCAGUCGAAAAAGCUUAAAGACCUCGUGUUUUUCAUUAACAUACAUUCCAAAAAUUCCAGAAUAUUCUCUAACACUACUGCUAAAGUCAAAUACUUUCUUACACCUGGACAAGAAUACGUUUUAUAAUGUAACCGAUAAUAACAUCAGACAUUUUUUACUGCAAGAAAAUGGGAUUGUGACGGUAGCAAAUGACACGUUUAAAUAUUUGGAUACCAUGAGAACACUUGAAAUUUCAUAUGAAGAGGAACUUGAUUUAUCGACUCUUGAAACCUCACUUCGAAGCGUAAACUUGUCUACAAUUGAAACAUUGAAAUUCGAAAAUAAUGGAUGGGAAAAAAUUCCAGAUAGUCUUUUUGAAAAUUUAGCUGGAGCUAAUAUUUCUACACUUUCUUUGAACUUCAACAUUAUUUUGACUUUUGAUGCAUCAUUUUUGAGGCCUUUUAAUCAAGUUGAAAAAAUUACAUGCAGAAAUAAUCGAAUUCAACGUUUGGUUAUAACGAAUGAUUUCGAAAAAGUGAAAGAAUUGGAUCUAACUGCGAAUCAAAUAGUGAUUAUUCCGAAAUUUUGUUCUGCAAAUGAAUCAACACUUGCCCCAAGUCUUGAAAAGUUAACUUUAUUUGACAAUGCCAUUAGAUCGCUGUCAUCCAGAUCUUUCAGGUGUUUGAACAAAUUACGAGAAUUGAUACUCGACAAUAAUAGAAUAAUUGAGAUCGGCAAUGAUAUAUUUUUACCAUUGACAAAUCUAGAAAGGCUUUCAGUUAGUCAUUUGAAACUAAGAAAACUUGAAAGUCGUGCUUUCAAUUGUGUUUCUUUAAAAAAAUUACAGUUUAUACAAAAUGAUUUCAAGUUUACCGACAUGGACAGAUUUGAUUCAAAGUCAAUUUUCCAAUUCUUGCAUAACCUCACUAACCUUGACUUGACGAGGAACUAUUUGCCAAAAAACGAAUCUAUUUUUCUUCAAAUGUUUGCACCUUUGGAAAAUUUACAGAAGUUAGUUUUGCAAAAGACUUUUUUCUCAACCCUGCCAGACAUGUUUUUCCAAAAUAAACCAUUUCUUCAUACUUUGAUAUUGCAAGGAAAUAGUAUAAGCAAAUGGGAUCGUGCACUUUUCCAUAAUGUGACAUCACUCAAAAUUUUAAACUUCAAUGGAAAUGCAAUUAAUCUAAUCAAUGAAACGUCAUUUCCCGAGAGUGUUUUUGCAUCUUUGGAAAGUUUAGAUUUAUCGUACAAUCCAUUUUGGUGUACUUGCAAUCAUAGAUGGUUUGUAGAUUACCUCCGUGCUUCAAAUUUAUCAACAAAACUGGUAAAGUGGCCUGACAACUACUUGUGUUCCUUUCCAGAGAAACUAAAGGACACUAAAAUAGUUGACUAUUUGCCAACAGAAGAGACUUGCAGUAAAUCAGACUCUUCUAACAUUUUUAUUGGGUCUGUUUUAUUCUGUGCUGUAUUAAUUGUUUUGAUAGGGAGUGUGACUUUGAAAUGUCAAAACAAUAUCCGCAAUGCGUUAUACCUUUAUCAUCUCUAUAGACGUCGCCAGCGAAGAUCUAUUCGGUCGGAUUUACCGGGAACUUACGAAUUUGAUGUUUAUGUUGUUUACUGCGAGAAAGAUCGUAAAUGGGUUCACGAGGUUCUAUUGAAGCGCCUAGAAGACGAAGAAUUUAAAGUUUGUAUACAUUGUAGAGAUUUUCCGGUAGGCGAAGAUAUUGUCGAAAAUAUUGAGGAGUUUAUGAAUAAAAGCUGGAAAUUUAUCGUCAUUAUGUCCAAUAACUUUGCUAAAAGUGAAUGGUGUCAAUGGGAAGUUAACCUUGUUCAAGCAAGGAGACGCCGACGAGGAAAAAAUGCGAUGGUCCUGAUAAUGCUUAAACAGAUUGACUCAAAACAUAUGACAAGUGCGCUUCGUACAUUACUCUAUACAACGCCAUAUCUAUCGUACAUAAAAGGAAUUGGAAAAAGAUUAUUCUGGACUGCUGCGAUCAGUGGUGUUAAAAAGUCGUAUGAUAACUCUCCUGUUGCAGUUUCCUUCAUUUCAUAAUUUUCCGACAUACUUUCUGUUUAGCUAAGUUAUAGAAUUCUUACUUGUUUUUCCUUAUUGCAUUUGCCCUUAAG